UUGUUGGACGUAGAUUGGAUGAUUUUUACCCAGAGUUCCUAAUUAAAAUGGAUGCGCCCAUGGUUGCAGGUGUUUGAGGUGUUUUCCAACACGUUUUAACGUUAAUUUGUCAAUAAGAUGGCAUUAUUUGCAAUAACAAGGUAUUUUGGUGAUGAAAAUGCAGAAGAACAAUCAAACAAAGCAGAUGCCAUUUUGAAGAAACUUCAAGCAGAUGCUGAGGCAAGGAGAAAACGAAGAGGUAUUGGAACUCGGAAAUUACCACAGGAUAACUCUAAGAAGAAGCUGUCAUCAGAAAAAGAUCAAGUGAAAAAUGACCUAACACCAAAAUCUGGCGAGAAGAUAAAAAUUGGUAAAAAGUCUAAGCUGAAAGAGUGUGAUGAAACCGGUCAUGCUGACAGUGACAAUGAAGUUAUUCCAAAGAAAAAAAGAAAAGGAAAAUUAGAUAAGGAAGAAAAAACUAGCCGUGAGAAAGAUAAUAGUUCACAGGCAAUAGCCCAGGGUAGUGAAAGCAGUAAACUUGGUUCUAAUGCUGACACCACAACCAAGGAGUUAAAAUUCAGAGGAAAACCAAAAUGUGUGACAAGUGGUGAUGAAGAAGAACAAGAAAUUGAAGACUUAGAACUUGGUGAUAAUGGUCAAAAGGCUGAUGAAACUGAAGUUAUGGGUGACACCCAAGAGGGUGCUCAUGAAUAUGGAGGCUUUACAGUGCUGGGGGAUUACAAGUCAAAGCAGACAGAGAAGGUAUCUCGUGUAUUACCUGAUUGGCUUUCCAGUCCAAAUGUGAUAGCCUCGGAUCUGAAGCAGAAAACAACUUUAGUAUCUGAAUUCAAAGGCCUUGACCCAGACAUCCAUUUAAACCUCAAGGAAAAUAAGAUUGACUACUUCUUUCCAGUUCAGAUGCAAGUGAUUCCAGAAAUACUAGACACAGUGAGGUAUGGCUUUGUUUUGGGGCGGGCUGGAUUUAGACCACCAGACAUCUGUGUAUCAGCUCCAACAGGCAGCGGCAAAACUCUAGCAUUUGUGUUACCUAUUGUACAGGCUUUGAAGAGCCGUGUUUUGUGUAGAAUUCGAGCCAUGGUGGUCUUACCUGUCAGGGACCUGGCUGUUCAGGUGUUCAAGGUGUUCCUACAGUACACCAAGGGAACAAACCUAAAGGUGGGAAUGAUUGUGGGUCAGAAACAGUUCAGUGUAGAGCAGCAUGCCCUGGUUAGACAAAGGCUUGGUGGGUUGGAGAGUAAAGUGGACAUUGUGGUAGCUACCCCUGGGCGACUAGUGGAUCACAUCAACAAGACUCCAGGGUUCAGCCUCACAGAUCUACGCUUUCUGGUGAUAGAUGAAGCAGACCGGAUCAUGGAACAUGUGAAGCAGGACUGGCUGAGCCAUGUAGAGAACGCUGUGUUUUCUGGGGGACGGACAGCUCCCAGCUCCCUCAAUGUCUACAGCUCUUGCAAGCAUCACAUGCCUCUCCAGAAGCUGUUAUUUUCUGCCACACUGUCGCAAAAUCCAGAGAAGUUACAACAGCUGAAUCUGUUCCAACCCAAACUCUUCACCUCUGUGGUAGAUGGUGGCUCUCUCCCCCGACCUCUGGAAACAGAGGGCGAGGGGAAUAAAGACGACCAGGUCACUGACAGGCUGAGUGGCCCAGGGGGAGAGGUCAAGGGUCAGUUUGUGGGCAAAUACACUACUCCGCUUGGGUUAAAGGAAUACACAGUUGAGGUUGAGGCGUUUGAGAAGCCACUGGUCAUCCUUCACUUCUUGCACAACCUCAAGUACCGCCAUGUUCUCUGUUUUACCAACAGCGUAGAGUCCACACACAGGUUGUACCACUUGAUCCGACUAUUUGGUGAUAUUAAUGUAGCAGAAAUCACUGCCAAACUACAAGCUUCACGGAGAAGUAAAGUCUUAAAGAAAUUUCAAAACGGAAGUAUUGAUAUCCUGAUUUGCUCUGAUGCAAUGGCCCGAGGUAUGGACAUAGAUGAUGUACAGUAUGUCAUAUCGUACGACCCACCCCCCUACAUCAAGACCUACAUUCAUAGGGUGGGAAGGACCGCCCGUGCUGGCAAGGAGGGUACCGCCUUAAGCCUAUUACAAAAAAAAGAGUUCCAUCACUUCAAAACCAUGACCAAAGAGGGGGGUAAAACUUACAUGGAGAAAUUCAAAGUCCACAGCAAAGAGAUGGAGGGUCUGCAGGAGAAAUACCAGGCAGCUCUUCAACAGCUUCAACAAGUCCUGAAGAGUGAGAGGUUUGCACAGAGAUGAAGAACAGAAACAUGUAAUACAAUAAAAACAGAAUAUGUUGUUUUAUUCAUUUUUUAACAUUUUAAUGAAUAUCACAGACAUAUGCACAAACAAAUGCAUCAUUUAUAACAGAU